AUGUCAUCUGACAAUAAAGUAAUAAGACUGUUUAUUAGCGGAUUUGGAGGUACUGGUAAAAGUUACCUGAUUGAAAACUUGGUAUUAUGGAACAAACUAAAGAGAAAUAAAAAUACCGCUGUUGCAGCUCCGACUGGUAUUGCAGCAUUUAAUAUUCAGGGAUUGACAGUUCACAGAUUAUUACAAUUACCUGUAGAGCAAGGAGGCACGGCAAAAUAUAAACCUCUAUCGGAUAAUGCGUUAAAAAGAAUACGUCAAAGUUUAAAGAAUAGAUUUUUUGCACAUCAAACAAAAAAGACGGUUGGUUUGGUAAAAUACAUACAUGUAGUUUUUGGCGAUUUACUUCAACUACCACCUAUGCGAGAAGAAUUCGCUUUCAUUUCACUGACAAGAUCGCAAAUUGAUAAAUACAUUAAAGGAAUGUUAUCAUUUAAUUUAUGGACUUUGUUCGAAUAUGAGGAAUUGACUAUAAAUAUGAGACAGAAAAAUGAUAAAGGUUACUCAGAAAUUUUAGGAAAAUUAAGAUUAGGUUAUUUAACUAAUUCUGAUAUAGAAACUUUACUGAAAAGAAAGAUUUCUUUUUCCAGCAAUAUUCCUUCAAAAUCUCUUCAUGAACUGUGCCAAUAUUUGAGUAAUUUGCCUACCAAUACAGUAUGCUUGAUGCCGACUAAAGAUAUGUGCUCAAUACUUAAUAAUACCAUGUUGAAUAAACUAGAGUGUGAAGAGAUAAAGCUAAUUGCUAAUGAUUGUUACAAAUGUCCAAAGAGACUAGAAAAACGUGUUUUGCAAAUUUUAAACGAAGAUGAUGACAAUGCUUGUGGCAUUUCUCGAGUAAUGACAAUCAAAAUAGGUUGUAAAAUUAUGAUACGAAGAAAUAUCGAUGUGUCCAUCGGAUUAGUUAAUGGAACUAUAGCAACAGUUAUUGCAGUGACCAAAGGAAAAACAGGUAUAGAUAGCGUGACUAUUAGACUUCAAUCAAAUCAAGAGUAUUCUAUCAAACAAUUAGAAUACCAAUUUCAAAUAUUAGAUCAAGUAUUCAUUACGAGAGAAAAAUUUCCAAUUUGUCUAAGUUAUGCUAUAACUAUUCAUAAAAGUCAAGGUUUAAGUUUAGAAAAUGCUGUUAUAGACGCUGGAAUGAGCAUUUUUAGUUGUGGUCAAACGUACGUAACUUUAUCUAGGGUCACUAAACUAGAAGGUUUACAUUUAAUUAAUUUGGAUCCUUCUAGUAUUAAAGCUGAUGAGUCUGCUAUAAAAGAAUACAAUAGACUGAGAAAUCAAUAUCGUACAGAUCUUGAUAUUUAUAAUAUUCCUGUUAAAGAUGUUUACAAAAAUUCAAGCUGA